AUGGUAGCGAUUACUAAGGAUGAUUUCAAAAUGAAUAAAGAAGUAAUGAUUUUAUCAAAAAUUAGAUUCAUCAAAGGAUUUAUACUUUUAGUAAUCAAAAAAUUUAAUACAAAGAAGGUUUUAAAAAUGAUAUAUGUCAUCGAAAGGUUGCUCUAAUUUUUAAAGAAACCAAAUAGAUUUAGGUUGAAUACGAAUAUGUUAGAUUUAAAAUAGAUUUAAGAAAAAAUUUUAAAGAUGUUUUGAUAUAAAAUAAGAAAUAAGUAAUUUAGAAAAUGGAAUAAAAGAAAUAAAACUUGAAAUUUUAUAUAAAUAAUUAUUUAAAUUCAUUAGGUUUUAAUUUUAAAUUAUUCUUUAUGAAAAUGUAAUCAGUUAAUUUUUCAAAGAAAAUAUCAAUAUUAAUUCUAAAUAUUUGA